ACCAUGAGAGCUUUGUGUCCGAGCUUUCUGUGAGGGAGCUUUCAGAGGUGGACGUCUGGUUCCUAUCACCGCCACCGUGAACAAUUCUGAGAAGGUGAGGUUCUCUACAAUGUACCGUUUCACACCAAACCACUCUGAACGACGUUAUUUACAUCUCGACGAUGUAAUUAUGCGUUUUUCGGUAAGUAUUGUGUCCGGUUAAGUUAUGAGCUACUCGUGAUAUUUCGCUACCUGCAACGAGUGAGUGGGUAAAUAUAUUCAUAAAGAAUAAAAUUAAAAUGGAUUUUAAGGUAGCACCGGUGACGAGACAGAAAGUAUGAGUCCUCAGUCUGUGUGCGCAUAUAGACCAGCCUUACGGUAAACCUGCACCCGGAAAUACAACAGUCGCGGUCAAACGGUGUGUGCGAGUCGGCGGACUGAGAGCGGAGCAGAAACCUGGAGCUGAAUAUGGCGAACUGCGGAGUCCUGACCAUCACUCGGUCUCCUCCGUCACGGCCUGUGAAUGCGGUCUCACUGGAGGCCGAGGAGGAGCAGCAGCGCUGACUGCACGGAGGGUCAGGUGCGGCAGUUAAGGAGUGAAGAUGUCUUUAGCGCAGCGUGUUCUCCUCACCUGGCUCUUCACUCUAGUCUUCCUCACCAUGCUGGUCCUGAAGCUGGAUGGGAAAGUGACCUGGAACUGGUUCCUCAUCUUCCUCCCCCUGUGGAUCUUCGACAGCAUCCUCCUGCUCAUGCUGGGGGUGAAGAUGGCGGGCCGGUGCAGGGCGGGUCAUGACCUACGCCAGGGGGCUCCUGGCCUGCGCAGAAAGGUGUGGUACCUCAUGGCUCUGCUGCUGAAGCUGGGCUUCUGUGUCACGCUGUGUGCCCGGCUGGAGCACCUCACUAACCUUCGCCUGGUCUACAUCUGCAUCCCACUGUGGACCAUGCUGACCGGAGCCAUGGUGGAGCUAGGGGCUAAUAUCUUCCCUCAGCGCAGGGACUGAUUCUUGAUGCUGGAGAACAGUGACUCUGGGGGCAGAUGAACACACCCCCCCCACAGUGGGGCUGGCGUUGAUGGUUCAGCCAAAAAUUGACACAGAUUUCAUCUUAUUUCAAAUGUAGUUGAUUCGCCAAGACAUGUCUGGUGUCUAAAGUUUGAUUGUUUAGCUAAUGGAGCGAACGAGCAAUAGAAGUUGAUAGCUGCCAGGUUAGCAUCGUAGCUUUGUUGAUAACAGUAUGUCAUACAAUAAACCACAUAUGCAAAUCUGUUUAGAUUACUUAGAGGCCACAUCCUUCAUUUUUCUAGUAAUUUAUUUAUUUUUUUCCCCCCAAUUAAGUGAUUUCAUAUACCACAACAGUCAUUUCAGGUCAUUUUUACAUGUCUAUUUUUCAGCUUUUCUUAAUUCCUUACAAUUAAAUAGGCUGUUUUUGUAACUGCAACUUCAGUACUGAUAAAUUACCUCUAUUCUGAUUGGCUGCCCUGUAUUGUGCCUUAUUCAAGAAAACAGUCCAGGCUGAAACCCUCUUUAUAACUUCAGCAAGAAUAGGUGGGGCUAAACUGCUGUAGACUGAAUAAGUGGACAAAUAUAAAUGUAUUGAUUGACAUCACUAAAUACUGAAUGCAAACUGGUUGUUCUUGCAGCAGUUUCCAUAUAGGGACUGUGUGGACUUGUUGAGUGAGCGGGAUGUUUUGAAACUUUAUUGGUGUUCAUGUACUACAUCAAACUUUUUUUGAAAAAAGGUGGAAUUUUUAUUAUUUUUUUAUGAUGUGGGCCCUUUAAUAGCUCAGAAAAACACGAUUUAGGCAUGCAGUUUGUACGAUACUAACCAGGAGGCUAUAAGCUUUUAUUACUUGUUAGCUACAUUAGCUCCAGUGCAAAACAAAAGCAAAAACAUGUACAACGCUGAAAAAUCUGAGAUUUCUGGCUGAACUGUCGUUUUGACACAGGCCCCCUACAGUGAUGAAGAUGAUGCUGAGUGGGGGGCCAGACAAUGUGCAGAGCGGUACUGAAGGCAAAGGAUUUAACACAGAUGUGUAUUUGAGUUUGUGUUUCACGUCCUGCUAUCCAACACAGCUUUUCACAAGUGCCACAUUUGCAGACUGUUUCACAAUCGAACAGGACUGACCAGGACAAUCUCAAAGGAGAAAGGCAGUUGACUUUUUGACCGUUACCAUUUUUUCAACAUUAUUUCUGUACUAGAUGAGUCCCAGCCAUUGUGGGUUCUACACUGUUGGCUGGAUUCAGGACAGUUUCAUUGUGGAAUGAGGGAGAGGGAGUUCUUGGUUACGUGCACCUUGCACUGAGAAAGAAGGCAGUACAUCCUGCUCUGUCUCGUCUCUGUGAUUGAUUGACCAGAACAAAAUGACUGGCAUGGAUUUGAAACUCAUUUCGUUCUCUGGCCCCAACAGGCAGGUUUCAUUUCACAGCUAUGGCUGUUUGUCCAGGUGAUACUGUGUACUGGAUAUUGAGGUGGUCAUAUUUCUGUGUGGAGUCUGAAGAUAUCUGUGCUGUCAGUGCUUGCUUAAUGUCUGGAAGUCUAGUAGAUUGGAUGGUUGAUGUCUGUAGUUUGUCCAGUUUGAAGUCUGAUAUAUUUUAAAUGUCCUACAACAUUGGUUAAGCAUUUUUACAACCGUUUUUGUUUUUUGUAGAAGCACAUAAUUCCUUUUGUCUGCAGAACUUGGCCCCUUGUUAGCUAACUGCAGGGCUACAUUGGCACACCAGCCGGUAAUUAUGAUUCCAAACAAAUGCUGUUCUUUUUCAAACAGUUGAUAUUUAACAGCCUCCAGUUUGGUUUUUUAUGAUUUUGGGACAUAGUAAUGCCAGAGGCACCCUAGCCUUCUUUCUGCAUUAGUUUCUUCAUAGGAAUUUGAUUUUAAAUGUCUGAUUCAUGACUACAUCUACUUGCCUGCCUUUUUUGUCUUCUAGACUUUACAGCUGACAGCAUCCAACUGCACAAGGUCCUCCUCAGUGUGUUUUGAUGUUACAUAAAGUUCUGGAUCUGAGUUUGAGCUGUCAGAAUGACUUACUGCAAAACAUUUUGCUGGAUUUUGAAUGAAGCCAUCUGAUUUCAAGCCAGGUCAGAACAUGUGAAACAAACUAGCUAAAAACCAAGUCACAUCGCAAAUACAUUAAAGAAGCAUGAACGACUGAAAGUAGGACAGUGCAGCUUAAGAAAUUGAAGGGAUUUUAAGCUGUAAUCAGUGAAACUGUAGCACCGCAGAUGAAAAAUCAUUCAUCUACAAAAUUCACAUGUACUUCACUGCCUUUAACAAGAUCCUGCUACUAACUCCAGUCUUCCAGACAUGAUGGCUAGCAGUGACCUCAGUCAUUUUUAGAUUGCUCUUAGUAUCAGAAUAUAGUACUGUUGAAUUUGUCUGACUGUUAAGAAGAGUUUGGUUGCCAAAAUUUAUGAUCAUUCAUUUAUUAACUGAAUAAAAAAAACAUGUAAAGACCCUAUAACUCCAGUAGGUAGGCCAUUUUUUAGUACUGCACCAAUAACUACAUCCACUGAAACAAACUAUGAUCAUCAUGCUCUGUUCCUCUGCAAAUCAAGUCUUGAUGAAACUGGCAAUUGCCAGUUAAGGAUUUAGCCAGUCUGUUCUAGUCUGUUACUAGUUUAAUUUAGUGGUCAUCAACCCUGCUCCUACAUCUACUGCUGUGCAGAGUUGUGCUCUGCCCCUAAUGUGCCACACUCAAUUUACCUACUUCUUAACUUCAUAAGUCCUUGAUGAGGUGGAUCAGAUUGGGCUUGGAUGUGAAACCUGCAGGAAGAUGAUUCUCCAGGAGGUCAUCACUGCUUUAAAUGUUGGAGUCAGUGGCAUUUGCUGGUCAGAAAUGUAAGAUCUUUUUGUGAUAGCCCUUUUGAAGCGUACAUACACUCUGUAUGACUGUUCAAAGACUAUUUAUGGUGGAUAAUCUGAAGAAUCCCUCGAUGUUGUGCCAUUAUUACCCAUGUACAGACAUUGCAUUUCCUUAUUUUGCACAUUUUUUAUUGUUUUAUAUAGCAUGCACUUUGUAAAUUAUUCAACAUUAACUGUAUCUGUUGAAUUGUUCCAAAAAUAAAUAUACAUGUUGAUAA